UUACGAAUUGCUAGACAUCAUAUUUUUAUCCGUUUCAGAGCUUCUAGUCUCCGCCGACAUACCCGAAACAUGUCACCGGCUCCACUGGUUCAGCCCGAGGCCGCGGCCGCGGCCGCCGAAGAGGUUGUCUCCGCCGACCAGCUUCUCAAGAACGCUAAUCAGAACAAGGAGGAAGAAAAAGUCGUGGUCGAGGACGUCAAGGACGACGACAAGGACGAGGACGAGGACGAUGAGGACGAGGACGAGGACGACGAUGAUGAUAAGGAAGACGGCGGUCAAGGUGGAAAUGAGUCAUCGAAACAGAGCAGAAGCGAGAAGAAGAGUCGGAAGGCAAUGCUGAAGCUGGGUAUGAAGCCUGUUACUGGUAUUAGCAGGGUUACAAUCAAGAAGACGAAAAACAUACUAUUUGUCAUCUCGAAACCCGAUGCCUUCAAGAGUCCAAACUCCGAUACCUAUGUGAUAUUUGGCGAGGCCAAGAUUGAGGAUUUGAGCUCUCAGCUGCAGACACAGGCUGCCCAGCAGUUCAGGAUGCCGGACAUGAGUUCUGUGAUGGGGAAACCAGAGAUUUCCGGAGCAGCUGCUGGACCUCAGGCAGAUGAAGAAGAGGAAGAGGUUGAUGAAACCGGGGUGGAACCUAAGGACAUUGAUUUGGUCAUGACACAGGCCGGGGUGUCAAGGAGCAAGGCUGUCAAGGCUCUCAAGACUCACAGCGGGGACAUUGUCAGCGCUAUCAUGGAGCUCACCACUUAAUUUGUUAUCCUCGUGCUCGUUGUCAGUUGAUGAUGAGUUUUUUUGAGUCAGUGUCGGUCGUUAGCUAUUGUUGUCCAAACGGACGCUCGUCUAUGUGUGGAUUUAUUGUGCUUUUCUUUUCUUUUGUGGACUCAAAAGACAUUGGUAGUGAGGUCUUCUGGUUUGCUGAUGUACUUCACUCCUAUGUCAUGAGUUUUUAAGGUUUCCAUUUCGUCUUUUAAAUCUUCCA